CUCAUGCUGCGCAGGUCACCUGUGUUGCUGCUUCUCCCCACAAGGAUUCUGUGUUUCUUUCAUGCAGUGAGGACAAUAGAAUUUUACUUUGGGAUACCCGCUGUCCCAAGCCAGCAUCACAGAUUGGCUGCAGUGCCUCUGGCUCCCUUCCUACCUCACUGGCUUGGCAUCCUCAGCAAAGUGAAGUCUUUGUCUUUGGGGAUGAAAAUGGGAUGGUCUCCCUUGUCGACACCAAGAGUACAAGCUGUGUCCUGAGCUCAGCUGUACACUCCCAGUGUGUCACUGGGCUGGUGUUCUCACCACACAGGUACUGGUCUUUGUUAUCAGGGGCCUGAUGGGUAUGAAUGGGAACAGUGAGGGGGUGUGGGUAUAUUUUCAAAGCAUUAGCUGAUUAAGUAGUUCUUUAAAGCAGACAAUGUUCUAGCUGAGGUUUGGGAACAUCAAAGGUCUUCAAAGGGCUCUUAAGUGUGAAGGAGCAGCUGCAGGCCAGAAAAUCUCCACACUAGAGACUGUGGCCUAUGGAGGGCUGGAGUGUGUUUAGGGAAGAAGGAGGUUUCUCUCACCUCACUGCAUGAAAGAAACACAGAAUCCUUGUGGAGAGAAGCAGCAACACAGGUGACCUGCGCAGCAUGAGCUGUAAAGUAGAGAGAAAGAUAAAUAUGACAGAAAACAAGCUGAAGCGUUAUUAGAAGGCCAGCCCAGGAAUAAUCAAGGGGCAGGAGGGAGGGAGGGCUGGUCUC